AUGCGGGCACUGGAUAUCUUACUUCAGAUUCUUUUCUUCCAAAAUUACCAACUAGACCUGCCAGGAAGCAAGAUCAAUGGCGAAGAUCAGCCAAGCAUAUACCACCACAAGGCUGGUGAAAGUGAAGCUACUGAAUGUGCAGUUUGCUUAACCAAGAUUGAAGAAGGAGAAGAAAUUAGAGAGCCCAGAUGUAACCAUAUCUUCCAUAGAGUAUGCUUAGACAGAUGGAUGUGUAGCUAUGGCCACACUUCUUGUCCUCUUUGCAGGGACUCCCUUGUUCCACGUAGAGCCAUCACUGACCUUGGUCAUCAAGUUUUGGUUUUCAAGUUUUCUUUCACCACUGCUGAUGAUGGCCGUGAUAAAUGGUGGCUAAGAUAA